AUGAGUGCUGACUCAACCAAACUUCUCGCAGACGAGGCUGUCGAGCUUUCCGAGAUUGCCCUGACACGGACACGACGUGGCACUUGGGCAUCCACUAAAAGCUGGUACUCCCGAGCGGUCCUUCGCUCGGGAAAAGGUUACAAUCCAUUGCCAGUCAAGGCUCAGGAUCCCAAUCAUUUUCAUGGAUGGCGAUUCGGGGCAUUGAUUUCGUGUAUUCUGGUCGGAAUAUGCCUAGGCCUCAAUGUCGCGGCCACCAUCUAUGUUCGCCUGACGUACCCUCCAAGCAGCGAUAACCUGGGAAUUAUGCAGGAGAGCGAUUGCGACCAUAUUCACGAUCUGGACAGCAGGCUGCACUACGCUCUCAAUGUAAUUGCGACCGUGCUGGUUGGUGCCAGUAACUACAACAUGCAAUGUUUGACGGCUCCGACGCGACGCCAGGUGGAUCAAGCCCACGCUCAGCGCAGAUGGUUGGAUAUCGGCGUCCAUUCGAUGCGCAACCUACCUUUCAUUGGGAGGGCCAAGUUGGCGUUAUGGUUGGCUCUCCUAGCCAGCACUCUCCCUUUGCACCUCCUGUGGAACUCGGCCGUAGUGAUGACAACCACCUUCAAUGACUAUAGCGGACUCGUCGUCACUCGGGACUUCUUGGAAGGCCGCAGCGAUAUUGGUCUGGAUUGUACCAGUCAAGCAAUGGAACAAUACCGAACUCCGACAUUUCCAGCUAUUCGUUGCAUCUCCACUUAUGAAGCUGGUUUGGGGGGACGGUCGUUCAAUAUGUUGGCUGUCACCAAGCAGAGCGAUGCGUUGAAUCAGUCUAAAAUCUUCCCGCCUCCGACAAAUACGACUCUGCCUGUGCUGGCAUAUUUCCAUCCGCUGGACUAUCCGGAUCAGAUUGAGGAAUGGUGUAGCGGACUGUGCGAGCAAUGGGGAAAAGGCAAUGAUAGCCCGAAGUACUGCUUUGAUAAGAACUGGGACGAAGCAUCGGUUCCAUUUGCUUGCCAGGAGCAUAAGGUGAACAGCACGGGCUGGGAGCCCAACGCGCUCACACAAACGAACUACUGGAUGUGCCACCCAGAUGCCAUCCUAUAUGGCCAAUGCAGCGGCUCUGCGGCAACGAGGAAUGCCACAAAAUGGACCAUUCUACCAGAGCAUUACGAGAUCGAUCAUUGCCUCGUAACGAACGCAAACCAUACCUGUCAGCUGCUGUAUAGCCCGGUAAUCUUAUACAUCGCGAUUGCAUGCAACGCCAUGAAAUUCAGUUCUAUUCUUUUAUGUCUGCUUGUCUCUCGCGAACCGACUCUCGCAACUAUCGGCGAUGCAUUGGACUCUUUCUUAAGGUCCCCCGAUAUGGCCUCCAAGGGGCGAUGCCUCCUUUCGAAAAUGGACGACACGAUCUUCCCUGACCCAGGCAACAUUGGACCUGCGUGGGCACAACGUUGGCAGCACGGAGAAGGUUGGCUAGGGCGGUGUUAUCAAGGUACAUCCGUGAGGCGCUGGGGAGCAUGCAUCCUCUUAUGGCUCGCCAGCAUUAUCGUAGGCCUCGUUUUUCUCUUUAAAGGUAUCAACCUUGUCGGGGCGCAGAACGCCUUCACGAUGGGAUUUGGUGCACUUAGUUUAAAUGCCAUCGUCAACACGUCCGGCUACAAAGGAGGCACAGCCGCGUCCAUUGUCACCACGUCAAUCGUAGCGAACCUUCCACAACUGCUCCUGUCUGGACUGUACUUUAUGUACAACGCUGUGCUCACAGGCAUGGCAACCGCCUAUGAGUGGAGUCUGUUCGCCUACCAGCAGACCACACUUCGAGUGACCCUUCCCUGGGGAGCCCAGAGAGAAACGUAUUGGUUACAGCUUCCGUGGAGAUACUCCCUGCCACUCCUCGCCUGUAGUACGGUUAUACAUUGGUUGAUCUCGCAAUCAAUCUUCCUUAUCAAUCUGAAAAUCUACCAACCGAGCAAUGAGCUCUUGACACAGCCUAACACCCACUUCCCUAGUGCGAGUGAUAGUGGCAUUAUCACGGCCUGCGGAUACAGCCCACUCGCUAUCAUCACGGCGCUCGCCGUGGCAAUUCUUAUGUUUGCCGUACUCACCACCGUCAGCACCUUCAAGCUGAAGCCGGACAUCCCGGUGAUCGGCAGUUGCAGUGUUGCCAUAAGCGCUGCGUGCCAUCCCCCAGAAGAAGAUCCCGAUGCGGCAGGAAAGCCUCUGUCCUGGGGUGCGGUGCGGCAUCAGGAAGGCGAUCGGCCAGGACAUUGCUGUUUGACUUCGCAGACUGUCGAGAAACCACGAUAUGGCGGGAUGUAUGCGGGAUAG